GAGCGCGUAUUUAUGGAUGUAAGCGGGAACAUUUCGCUUGCAUGCCAAAUAAAAAUCGUUGUAGCAGCUAUUUUACGCUUUUGCAGCUAAUCGAGGGAGCACUUUUUUUUUUCACCUAUCGACCAUUACUGAAAGUGGAGCGACGCACUGGAAGUCUUUCUUUUGGCGUUAAAUUAUAGCCAACGAGCGGUGACUGUACUGUGGACCCGCGCAUGCGCAGUCGAAGCCCCGGAGCCGCAGGAGAUCAGAGCUGUGCUCCAGCACAACACACUGGGACGCCGUCAUGAGUGCCAAAGUGAAUAUGGAGGCUCCAGCCAAAGAACCGGACUGCACCCCUAUGGAUCCGUCAUCUUCGUCUCCCACAGAGACAAUCCUCAUAUGCGGGGGUGAUGGUGUGACCAAGAAGGCUCGGCCUCAGCCCCACACCACCACUGCUCUCCUGCUACCAGGUGAACUCAUAUCUCCUGCCCAUCAGAAGGUGGAGGUGACUCCAGCUGUUGCAGUGGGUAACCCAGGUAAAGGAAGCAGAGCCAAUGAGAUGGCAACGCCUGCACUGACAGCACAGGUGGGCGGAGCUUGUAGCAUUGUCCAUGUCCUAGAGUUGAAGGAGGGAAUGGCCAUCCUGCCCAGUAGCAACCUUAAGUUCUGUGUGAGUGACUUAGGAGCUCUGAGCACAUUGAUCACCCCGGGCACUGCCAGCAGCACUGCUGAACCUGCAGCAGGGACUUCUGGGAGAUCCACUGACGCAGAAAGAGUUCCAGACAAGCCAGCCCUGUCUGUGACAGAUGCGUCGGCUCCUGCCAGCUCUGGGAGGGGCGUGGCCCUGGAGCCAGAGAGGUUGGUGCCGGUCAAAGCUGGAGUCCAGGUUGAUCCAGGACAACAGAACCAUAAUCCCAGAGCUCAGCGGACCUACACAGAAGAGCUCCGCAGAGACCCCAUCACUGACAAGAGGAGCAUUGGCGUGGAGAAGGUGCCGGCAGGCGGGAGAGUCUCCCUCAACCCCGAUCACCUGAAGCCCAUGAGGAAGAGGAAAAGGAAGGAGUACCUGAGUCCAUCUGAGGAAGACUCGGACAUCGAGGGCACGGAUGAGAAAAUGGAUUAUUCUAAAGCAGAUGGCCGACACAUCAGAGGAGGUGGAGACAGUAAGACAGAGCAGUGGACGUGGGCUCAGUACCUGGAGGAGACCAAAGCUGUUGCUGCUCCUAACAACGUUUUCCAAGAGUCCCAGAGAGUGCCGACAGUGAGGAACGGCUUCAAACACGGGAUGAAGCUGGAAGGCAUCGACCCGCAGCAUCCGUCCAUGUACUUUGUCCUCACUGUGGCUGAGGUCUGCGGUUACCGGCUGCGGCUCCAUUUUGAUGGCUACUCUGACUGUCAUGACUUCUGGGUGAAUGCCAACUCUCCUGACAUCCACGCUGCAGGCUGGUGUGAGAGCACAGGGCACAAAUUGCACACCCCCAAAGGCUGUAAAGAGGAGGAGUUUACUUGGACCAACUAUCUGAGAAUGACUAAAGCACAAGUGGCUCCCAAAGAACAUUUUGCCAGUCCCGGAAGGAUCGAUGUGAAGUGUGGUUUCGAGAUAGGAAUGAAGCUGGAGGCCGUCGAUCGUAUGAACCCCUCCCUGAUCUGUGUAGCAACCAUCACCGAUGUGGUGGACGACCGCUUCCUGGUUCAUUUUGACAACUGGGAUGACACAUAUGACUACUGGUGUGAUUCCAGCAGUCCGUACAUUCAUCCUAUUGGUUGGUGCCAAGAAAGGAACCUCCCUCUAACACCACCCCAAGAUUAUCCAGACCAAGGCCGGUUCGCCUGGUCUCGAUACUUGGAGGAGACAGGAUCCAAAGCAGUGGCUGCUGAUGCCUUUAAAGUGCGGUCACCUCACAGCUUUCAGCCUCAGAUGAAACUGGAGGCUGUGGACAAGAGAAGUCCCGGUCUCAUAAGAGUGGCUACAGUUGAGGAGGUGGACACGCAUCGCAUUAAGAUCCAUUAUGAUGGCUGGAGUCACGUCUAUGAUGAGUGGGUAGACUCAGAUCACCCAGACAUCCAUCCAGCAGGCUGGUGCGAGGCGACCAGUCACCCGCUUAAAAUCCCUCCACGGGACACUAAAACACAGCAACCGCAUGGUAGCAACCAGCCUCACGUGACUGCUUUUUCUUCGCUUAAAACUGGAGGUGUGAGGGAGCCUCCUGCUACAGGCCAGUCCACCUACACCUCCUCUGUUCCCUGUAAACCCAUCAGUCAGCCCAGAACCAACAAAUACAGCUUCCACAACAGGAAGUGUCCAACUCCAGGGUGUGACGGCUCAGGCCAUGUCACCGGUCGUUUCACCGCCCAUCACUGCAUAUCCGGCUGCCCAUUGGCUGAGCGUAACCAGGGUAGGCUGAAGGCUGACCUGUCAGACUCAGAGUGCAAGAGAAACCACUUCUUUGGUCAGAGGACUAAGAAGACUCAUUACCGUGGCAGGAUUGGUCGUCCUCCCAAAUACAGAAAGAAUCAACAGAGGGACUACCAGAACAUGUCCUCACAGGGAGUGUAUCCAUCACUGUUCAUGUCAGCUUUGAGCAACCAAUCAGACCGCACUCUGUCUUUGUGCUGGGAACAGCACUGCAAGCUGCUGCCCGGCGUUCAGGGCAUUCACGCCAGCCAGGUGGCCACAUGGAGCGUCGAGGAGGUCUUCAGAUUUGUCCAGAAUUUAAUUGGCUGUGAAGAACAGGCUCGUCUCUUCAAAGAAGAGAUGAUCGACGGGGAGGCUUUCCUGCUGCUGACCCAGACCGACAUUGUGAAGAUCAUGAGCAUUAAGCUAGGCCCCGCCCUCAAGAUCUCCAACGCCAUCCUCAUGUUCAAGAGCACAGACGAGGGACUGAAGUGAAUCCCGCCCUCACUCAGCGGCAGCGCUGUGUCGCCAAUCAUCAUGUGCCAAAUUCAUUCUGUUGCAGGGAAAAAGACCCUGACCCCUUUUUCCAUGUGUUCGGUGUCCUGUACCCAUCAGAGAGAGGGAGAAGGGAGGGGUGGGGGGUGGGGGGGUGAGGUCCGAUCAGGGUAAAGAGAAACAGAGCUGAGAUUAGAAGAUUCAGGUUGAUUAGAAAAUAUGAAUAUUUUUGGAGAGUAAUGGAGGACUGUCAUGGAUAUGAGGAUGGAGCAGAUGUAGGAAAACAGAAACUGAUGGGUUUGGUUCACCCAAAACCCCUCAAAAAAUAUCCCUUGGCCACAGUACAUCUGUGUGUGCUGUGCUAAAUCUCAACAUUUCAACCCACAUACUUUAUACUGAAUUUGAAUUAUAAGCCAGCGGGAACGGCUGGAAACCCCACGGUUGCAUUUCUCUGCCUACCAAAGCACACUUUACAUCCAUGUCUCUCUGCGGGUAACUUUUUUACUAUUUGAACAUAAAAUGUUCUAAUUUUAUAAAUAACAUAUCCUUUUAAGCUAUUGUGAGAAAUGAUAUCACAGUGUGAAUUAAGCCAAAAGCUCUCAGCGACUUUUAAACACCGACUACCAAAUUCUAAUCAGUUCGUGCUUGAACUUCCAAAUUUAAAGACAAUCCCCGAAAACCUUCAAAAGGUAUCAUGUCCUUGAUUAAGAUGAACAAAGGUGUCAUUCUUAAGGUAUACAAACUUAUGGACACAUGGAUGGGCAGAGAACUGCAGACACCCGCUGCUCUCAUUGGUGUGAAGGGGAAAAAAUAGGUGAUGUCAUGUAACAGAUGUUUGUUAAACAGACAUACUGUUUUAUUUGUUUUCCUGCACAAGGAAGAUUAACAUCCAGUUCCUGCCUACACCAAUGCAGCUGAUAUAAGUACUGAUACUGUACAUUUACUUCCUAAGUUAGAAUAAUUCCUAUUUAUGUACCAGGAUAGUUGAAACCUCCAAAGAGGUCAACUUACCUUAAGAUAAAGUUCACACGUGGCCAGAUGUGAUGAGAACUCUUACCUGGAUUGUGACAAAACCCAUCAGUUUGCAGUCUGACGAGUAAAAGUGAAAGGAACAUGUAUCAAGGUUGAAAAGAAAACAUCCUGAAAUACUGUAUCAACUAAUGGAAAUGAAGGGGGAAAAAAAAGGUUGGGUAAAAGACAAGAAAGGGUUCCACAUAAAAAAAAGUAAGUAAAAGGAUUUUGAUGCAGUAGGUGAGGCUGGUCUGUGAGGCUCUUAUAGGCUUCACGUUUUGUGCAAUAAAGAAGCUGAUACAGAAGUGCUGUAUUCAGCAACAGUUAAUAUUACAGUUCCUUAUAUAUUAGACAAAUUGUUGCACUGUAAUGUUAAAAAAAAAAAAGGAAAUCAAAUGAGUUGCUUUGUUCAGACUGUUUAGAUUUGUGAUUGAGUCGCAGAGGAAGCUCAUUUCACUGAUUAUUCCUGAGUAUUAGUUCUUUAUGUUCACUGCCUCAAAAUUCUGCGCGCCGCACCGAAAAUGUGAGCGCUCGAGUGAAGGACGAGAUGUAACUUUUAGAACGUCGACCCUCAGCUCUCGAAUCCGAGGCAGAGAAAACAAACGACAGUGUUUGAAUUUUUAUCUCUAUAUGCAAAACGUCUGAAAUUAUUUUUUAGCUGUUAUAGAUAGAUGAAACGGACUCUUUGCAUUGGGAUUUUAGCACAACUGUGAAAUUCAAAUGGAUUUUACACAUGGAUAUUCCCACACUCGGUCACUAGAGAGUGCAAAAAAUCCACCUUUUGCACUAUAAACACGUAUUUGGUAUCUAGCCAAUGGAGCGCUCUUGCAGUUUACAUGUGAAGGAAGCGCCGGGCGAACUGUGUUCUCAGAAAUGUUUACAUUUGAUGUCAGGGUUUGUUUAAAACACUGUAUGGAGUUGAUAUUGUGAGACGAAAGCUGAAUGUUUUAAGGGCUCCUGGAAUCUUAAAUAUUACUUCUUUGUAUGUCUCUCUGGUGGGAUUUGUGUGCGUGUGUGUGCGUGUCAAGAUAAUCUUGGGUCACAAAUGUCAUUUAAACCAUAUGAAUUAAUAAACAUCCACAGCUGUCUUGUCUGAUUAA